AUGUUAUUUGCUGCAUUGGAGUCAUUUACAACAAAUUCAGUUGUAGCUCAAGAAAAUUCUAUCAAUGAAUUAUUCAAAAUUCCACUCACUCAUCAUUUACUACCUAUUUUACUUAUGAUAGUAGUAUUACUUACUUUACUACUAGCGUGUUUCUAUGACUGCAAAGUUAACAGGGAUUGCUACAGGACAUCAUCAGGAUCAGUUUCUGCAAAUACUGCAGAUAAGACGGGUAUUUACUUGUAUGAUGGUGAAACAGGUGAAUCAAGGACUUGUAGCGCUAAAUAA